CUUUCCUUAGCGGGACGGGAGAGAAAAAAAUCCCACUCGUGUAGUCUGUGUCUCGGAUGUGUAGAUUAGAACGAGGCAAGGCGGUGGGUGCCUUAUUUAUAACUAGUGCUGUGAAGUCUAAUCCGCCCCGACCCACUGUACCCAGAGGCACUUCGGGCUGAGCUCCAGAGAAGGGGGGUAGGAGAAAGAAGCUAUGUACAGUGGUAUCUGCAUCUACAUGUUCCUUGCUAUGCUGUCAACGAGCUCUUUUGGACAGCAGGCUACAGGCUCGCAUAAUGAGAAUCCUGUGGCCACUGAGCUUGAGCAGAGCUUGACAGAACAUCACCGACAUGUUCGUGUCCCUUCAUCUGCUGGCCAGCUGAAACCUAUCCAGCGGCUGGAUGGAAAUGUUGACCAAAAAGCCAACAUUGGAGCUUUGCUGGCCAAAUAUCUCCAGCAAGCCAGAAAAGGUCCUACUGGAAGGAUCUCAAUGAUGGGAAACAGGGUACAGAACAUUGACCCUACACACAGGAUAAACGACAGAGAUUACAUGGGCUGGAUGGAUUUUGGACGCCGCAGUGCUGAAGAAUAUGAGUACUCCUCUUAAAGAACAUCAAACUAUCUCAAAAAGAAGAAUCCCACUCCCAUUUCUGUACAAAGGAAAAAUAAUAAUUUUUGUCCUCUACGAAUCAGUGUUUAAAAAAUAUAUUAUGUCCUUGAUGUAAAUUCGUCUGUAAAACUAUACAAUGCAAUAUAUACAUAUGCAGAAUUUUCCAAAAAAAUGUUCUUUCUCCUAUGGUUUCUUAUCAUACUCUGAUAUUAUAUUAAAAUUAUUUCAUUUAUUCCCUUCUUGUCCUGUCACCGCAAGUUGCUGGGUGUCUUACAAUAAACUCAAGCAGGAAAAUGCCUUCAUUCUACUAGGUAAAUAUAUUACAUGUGUUAAGCAAGCAUACAGGUGAAGAACCACUUUUUAAAUUAACCUUGCAGCAUUCUCUUUGGUUGUGGACGCUAGAGGUAACCUGUCCAAGCGUCAAUCUAGUAGCACAGUUUUGUCACAAAAGGUCAAGUAUCUUCAUAGUUACCCUAUUCGUAAAGGAUUCAGUUAUACAACAAAGCAGGGCCGGCUCCAGGCACCAGCUUACCAAGCAGGUGCUUGGGGCAGCCACUUCGGAGAGGGACGGCACGUCCAGCUGUUUGGCGGCAAUUCAGCGGACGGACCCUCACUCCUGCUCGGAGCGAAGGACCUUCCACCGAACUGCCGCCGCAGAUAGCGAUCGCGGCUUUUUUGUUUGUUUGGCUGCUUGGGGCGGCCAAAACCUUGGAACCGACCCUGCAACAAAGUCACAUGUUUUCAGUGAAUGGUCAACAGUGCUAAAUCUUUAGAAAAACCUUUCAUCUUCUUGGCUUAGUUAUUUUCUGUUGUGAAUUAAAUGUGAAAAUUCUGCUAACAGCUAUCAAUCAUGGAAUAAAUAGAACAUUCCUUGC